AUGAACGCGCAUCUUCAGCGAUCUGCGCGCUCUCUCUCUCUGUGCCUGCCCCCAGUUGCUUCUCGCGCAUACUCUGCUGACGUUGGACCCGCCAUGCGCGUCCCGUCUCUCCCUAUCGUUAUUGACGAGUUUCCGGCACUCAAUGGUAACCGCCGCCGCAGCAGCAGCACCGGAGUUGGCUCCGCAGCCGGCGAUCCAGAGCUGUUUUUUCUCAGUCACUUUCACACAGAUCACAUGAAGGGGCUCAGCUCUAACUGGACGGCCGGCGUCAUUAUCACCGGCAUCCUCACUCGGGAGCUCCUGCUGAGCAAGUUCGAAGGACUUCGCGGACGAGUGCUGGGGCUGCCCUUCUGGUGUCGCACCCCAGUCCUCUCUGCCGCUGGAACUGCGCACAGCACAAGCGAUAGCUCUGCCACCACUGCGGUCUCUGUAGUGUACGUUACGCUGCUUCCGGCGUUUCACAUCCCGGGCAGCGCCAUGUUUUUCUUCGAGACCCCGUCCGGCGUCACCUACCUGCACACCGGCGACUUCAAGUACACCGAGGCGGUGGCUCAGGCGUCCCCAUUGCGCACCUUCUUUCAGUCGCACCGAGUCGACCACCUCUACCUGGACGAUACCUGGCUUCACUUGGGGCAUGCGGAGCUUACGUCAUGGCCAGCGCGCACUGAAGGCACACCCAUUGGUUCCCGCGGUGCUGGCGUCGUUGACAGCGGCAUCCGCGUGCUGAGUAAGUUGCUGGACGCAGAUCAGGUGGAAGAGGCGAUCGAGGCCAUUGGACGUCGAAUGGACCAUCAGCGCCAACUGCACGCGCAGUGGGUGUUUCAGCAGGCACACACGGACCACAACGACACCGCAGAGGCGCUGAGAACUUCAUCCUCGUCCUCAGCAUCCGCUGAGCUGAGUAACGCUCGACUGCCAUUCGUUGUUCGUGUCUACCUGCACAACCAAUUUGGUAAGGAGAUGCUCGUCCAGCAGCUGGCGACACGGUUGCGCACCAGAGCGCUCAUAGACGACGUCCGUUACGCACGUCUACUCACAGUAGUGGAGACGCUGGAGGAGGAACGGGAUGACUUAAGGGCCUUUGAAGGGGAAAGUCCUGCCCGCCUUGACGGUACGGCCCCACCGCUGUCGGUGGAGGAGCUGGCGUGGCGAGCCUCUGGUGGAGAAGCCGCCCACUACCCAUACAACCUGAACUGUUUUGUCUCCUUUUCUCAGGCGCAGCACCAGCAGGUGCCGUUGACGAGUUUGAGCGACGGCUGUGGUGCGAUGUUACCACAACAACUGCAGCUGUCCGCUAACCACUCGGUGGAACGCACGUACGAGCCACCUCUCAUCGAGGUAGUCAGCAGUCGUGCCUCGAUUGAGCCUGCCACCUUGCAAGCGGCCUCGGCGGCGCGUGGCGGGACUCCGUACUACGGUGUCAUUAUCUCGGGCUGGGCCCGGCUGCAGUCACAGACGCACGGCUCGGCAGCGAGCGGCCAGGUCUGGCAUGUUCCUACAACACUCCACAGCACACCACAGGAAAUCAUCAACUUCGUUGCGCUUCUUCGUCCGCUGUCGGCGACGCCGCUGCACUACCGCCAUAGUCGAGGGGACGUAGUGAUGCAGCGCCUCGGGCCGUACCUGCGCAUCCCCUUUGUAAACCACCACAGCACCGGCUGUGACACAGCAGCACCGACGACGACUGGCAGCGGUGCGAUAGCCCUGAAAGGGGGUGCGGUGCGGUGGAUGCCGUACCUGCCGACUCACGUGCUUCCCCUGCAGGUAGGAAGCAGAGACAGUCAAGGCGGCCUUGGCACUUCAGCCCUCUUCGAGAUGCCUGCCGCACGGGAUGCCGCUGCCCGUUGUGGUGACGGCCUGGACUCACUUGAGGAGAAACCGAGACGGGGAUUCCGUAUUGGCCCUGCGGGCCUGCCGUCUCCUUCGUCUCGCGCGAUGGAGGGGGCACCUUGGUGGGGUGGAGGAGUGCCGGUGGACUGUGACGCACUCGCCACUGUCAUCACCACGUCGUACUUCUUCGCUCCCACUUGUCUGUCAACCAUGCCGUUCUCUGGAAAGGGGGAGGCGAAUGUGUGCGGAAAGGCAAAGAACCCCGCCGGCACCUCCGUGAGCUCAAGCGCGUCGGCCGAUGGUCUGCGCAUGCCGAGCCUGCUGCCGUCGUGGAGGCUACGCCGUCUAACACAGUCAUACCUCAAUAUGCAGCCGCCUGGCGGCAAGCGUGAGCGAGUCGAUGGUGAAACAGAUGGGCCGAGUAGCAUCACUCACCGUGCCGAGCGCCACACUGCCACUGCAAUGAAGACUGAGUCAGCUGAAAAGAAUCCAAAGACGGGGGGUGACAGCGAUAAGGGCUGCCCCGCCGCGUCGCUUACUAGCAGCGCCACCAGCCGUCUUCUCUCUCUCUCUGACAUCGCCGAAAGCUUGUUGGCUUGA